CCAUCACCCUCUUUUGGCACGCCAAGCCCCCAGAAUUUCGACAGUCACUGGAAAUCGAAUGCGUGGCCACCAAGUGUUCCGAGCGGUCCGCGCCGCCCCUCUGCGACGUGCAGCGGUCAAGGCCAUGGCGCCCCGUGCGUUUGCUGCCGUGCAGCAAGCGGCUGGCUAUGCCACGAUCUACGACCUCAAAACUCCUUUUGAGGACACGAAUCGCCAUCGCAGCGACGCUGAAAUUCUCAUCGCCCAAGUGCCGGUUGUGGAAGUCGAUUCAGAUGUGGCGGUGUGCGACGGCGGCGGAGGGGCUUUGGGCCAUCCCUUGGAGUACAUUGCGUUGAACACCGUGUCUGACAAGCCCCAAACGUGCAAGUACUGCGGCCUUCGCUACAAGCAAAAGCCCCACCACCAUCAUUAAGCUCCCAACGAGACACCUCGUCAUUCUCGUCUUAACAUCAGGCUCUCUUUACGACCUCUUGCGCUUCUUAUUCCUAUUCAACGUACUCGGUUCACCCAGCGCUUGCACAAUCGCCGCU